AUGUCGGAAGAACAGGACAUCCCGGAUGAGCAGCAGGCCCAGGUGGUCUCUGAGCACCUCCCAUCAGGCUAUACUGCAGAAUUUACUGGCAACAAUAACUCUGGAGUGGAGGAUUCUCUGAACCUUCAAGGUGGAGAUAUUCACAGAGAUAUCUUCAAGCUCAAUGCCCAACCUCGCCAGACCUUGCACCAGAGAGCAGCGACAUUCUCUGCUCCUCGUGUUCGCAGAGAAAGCUGGGAUUCGGAAUUGACGGCUUCCCAAGCACGAGCUCCUGGUGCUUUCCGCCGCCAAUACAUGCAGAGAAACCACACCUUCAACACUGCCACUAUGCCCGUUACCCGGAAUUUUGUCGAAUUUUUGAAUCUCUAUGGAAGCUUCGCUGGUGAAGAUCUCAAUGAGUCUGACGAUGAAGCUGUUGACGAUGAAGACGAAGAAGAGCAAGCCCCUGCAACCGAGAGCAGACCACUUCUCGGCCGUCGCAAGUCAUCUCGAGCAGCACCCAAGGGCGAUGCUGGUAUGGUCAAGUCUUUCUUCACACUUCUCAAGGCCUUCAUCGGUACCGGCAUCAUGUUCCUACCAAAGGCAUUCAGCAACGGCGGUAUCCUGUUCUCUUCUCUGACUAUGGUCUCUAUUUCAAUCGUCUCGAUGCUUGCUUUCCACCUGCUGCUCAAGUGCCGCAACCAGUACGGCGGUGGUUAUGGUGACCUUGGUAAAGCCAUUGCUGGAGACAAAAUGAGAUCCCUUAUCCUCGCCUCCAUCACCAUCUCGCAAAUUGGCUUCGUCUGCGCUGGUGUUGUCUUUGUGGCCGAGAAUCUCCACUCCUUCCUCGAGGCUGUUGUAAAGGGUGGCAUGCCUGUAUCAGUUCGUGCCUUGAUCGCGAUGCAGCUUAUCGUUUUGGUCCCGCUAUCUUUCAUCCGCAACAUCUCGAAACUCGGACCUGUUGCGUUGCUGGCCGACGUCUUCAUCCUCAUCGGUCUUGGUUACAUCUACUACUUUGACGUCUCCACGCUCACCAAGGACGGCAUUCACCCUACCGUUCGACUUUUCAACCCUAAUUCGUUCACCUUGACCAUUGGAUCAGCCAUCUUCACCUUCGAAGGCAUUGGACUUAUCCUGCCCAUUCAAUCUUCCAUGAAGAAGCCUCAGAAUUUCGAAUGGCUCUUGGCUGUGAUCAUGCUUAUCAUCACUGUCAUCUUCACUUCAGUGGGUGCUUUGUGUUACGCCACUUUCGGAGACGACACGCAGAUCGAGAUUAUCACCAACUUCCCUCAGGACAGCAAACUUGUCAACGCCGUCCAGUUCUUGUACUCCAUGGCUGUGCUCUUUGGUAACCCAGUCCAACUGUUCCCUGCCAUGCGUAUCAUGGAAGGAAAGUUGUUUGGCCAUCUGUCCGGCAAGAAGGAUGUGCUCACCAAGUGGAAGAAGAACGCUUUCCGUACAUUCUUGACUGGUGUUUGCAUCGCUAUCGCCAUUGCAGGUGCUGGCAAUCUGGACAAAUUCGUCGCUCUGAUCGGAUCUUUCGCGUGUGUGCCACUGGUCUAUAUCUAUCCUCCUCUGUUGCACUACAAGGGCUGUGCCGAGUCACGCCUCGCAAAGGCUGGCGACAUCAUCUUCAUGGUGAUCGGUAUUGGUAUGAUGAUCUACACAACAGGCGUCACACUGGUGAACAGUUUCUAG